AUGAUUAAUUCAUUAAAACUCAGAUCUAAAGAUAUCAAGUGCCCAAAACACAAUAAUGAAAUAACAAGCUUGUGCAUAACAGAGAAAUUCUCAAUGAAAAAUCGAGUGUUAUGCGAGAUUUGUAAAAAAGAUAAAUCCACUUACCCUAAUUGGACACCUCUUGAAGAUAUUGAAGAAUUAGUUAAAAAUAUUGCAGAAUGUGAGAAAAUAACAAAAUCAAAUGUUAUCAAGGUGAUUUCAAUAUUGAAAAAGGAUAUCAUACAAGACUUGGAAUAAUUAGAAUAAAAAGUCAUAGAAAUUCAAGAUAAAUUUGAUCAUACAAGGUUGAUCAAAAAGAUAAUGAAUUAAAAUUAGAUUAUACUUUGCGAUUUAUAAGAUUUAUCAGAAAAUCUAAGUUAUUUAACUCUAUACUCUUAAUUCAAAAAUAUAAAUAAAUCCCAACUCCAAAGUGAGUAAUUUCAACCAAUUUUCACUUAAUUGGCAUCAACAAGAUAAUAAAUAAAAUAGAUUUACGAACGUGUACUAUAGAUAGAGGCAGAAGUAUAUAAUAAAAUAUUAAUUAAUUAGGAAAACACUGUUCCAGAUUAUAAAUUAUUAUUUAAAUCAACUCCAGUUAUAAUCCCAGCACAUGAUUUUGCAAUAAAUUCAGUAGUGAUAACUCCUGAUUGUACUAAAGUCAUAACCGCAAGUAGUGAAGGUAAGUUGAAAAUUUGGGACGCUUUAACUCAUAUAGAAAUAUGUUAGAUAAGCGAUAAUUUCGAUUAUGCUUUUUGUGUUGAUAUUUCAGAUGAUGGUUAACACAUUGCGGCUUGUGGGUCAAAUGAUUACAUUAUUAGGAUUUGGGAUAUAAAUGAUACAAAGGAGCCUAUAUUCAGAUUAAAAUAUCAUACUAAAACUGUUGAAAGAAUCAAAUUUGUACCAUAAUCUUCAUAAUUGAUAUCAAUUAGCUAAGAUCAUUAAGUAAUUAUUUGGCAUGAAACUAAACCUGAACCAUCGCGUAUUUUGAAACAUCACAAAAGUUCAGUCAAAGGAAUAGCAAUUUCCAAUAAUUGUAAAUUGAUGGCUACAUCUGCUCUAGAUAAACAACUCAUUAUUUGGAAUAUCUAAAACAAUUUUUCAAUUGUUCAUUAAGUACAACCUCACAAAACUACGUGCAAUUGCAUACAAUUCUCAAAAGAUUUAAAAUAUAUGGUUACAGGAGGAGAAGAUGGAAUUGUAAAAUUAUGGAAAGUGUAAAACUGGGAACCCAUAUUAGAAUUCAUAGGACAUACAUCAUUUGUUUGGAAUGUUUAAUUCUCUAAUCAUAAUAACCUAAUCAUAUCGUCUUCUACCAAAGAUAUUAGAAUUUGGAAUAUAACAUCCGAAUAAUAAUAACAAAUCUUUAGCAUUUAACAAGAUUAUUAUCCUAAUUUUUAUCUGUCUAAUAACCAUCAGUUAUUAUGUACAGGAUAAUAAAAUGGUGAACUAUUUUUAUGGAAAUCUGCCCAAAAUUGA